GAUUGGUGAGUGUGAAGAGGCACAGGAAACACAGAUGUAGAAGUUUAUAUAAGGCAUACACAAACAAACUCUUUCUCCUUCGUCCUUCUUCUCUCUCUAAUUCUCCAAAGCAAAAAUGCCCACCCUGUUCUCCAAACGCCUUCACCUCUGUUUCUUCAAGCUCAAAUACCCCACCAUUCUCCACCACCCUCACCCUCCACCUUCCACCGACAACUCCACCACCUUCACCCACCCCUCUUCUUCUUCCGACGACGACGACCAUUCCUCCUCCACGGAGCCUGACUUCGCCUCCGUCUUCGCCUCCCAGCGCUUCUUCUUCUCCUCCCCGGGCACUUCCAACUCCAUCGUCGAAUCCCCGGACACCCGCACCUUCGUCCCCACGGGCGGCGGCGUCACAGUCCCCAAGUAUUCCCUCAACCCCUACGUGGAUUUCCUCCGCUCAAUGCACGAAAUGAUCCGUUCACGCCAAGUCGACAUCACCCAAGACUGGGACUACCUCCACGAACUUCUCCUAUGCUACCUCGCUCUCAACCCCUCUCACACCCACAAGUACAUCAUUCGCGCCUUCACCGACCUUGUCCUCCAACUCCUCUCCUCCACCCCCUGUCGGACGCACAACACCCACCACCACCGGCGCCACCGUAGCCUGUCCGGAAACUUCCUCUGAACAAAAAAAAAAACAUUAACUCAUUAACACGAGUUUUCGUAUCUUUGUCUUGGGUAAAAGGGGUACCGGAGCGGCGAUUGUAUUUUGACGAUCAAAAAGAGAAAUUUAGCGAAACGAAGGAUAAGCAGGUGUGUAUUUCGAUGAAGCUGUUUCGUUAUCAUGUAUUAAAAGUAUAUAGUGCUGCUGCUUCUUUCUUUCUGUUCCUAUUAUGUAAAAUAACUAAACUAUACUAUACUGUCUCUGGGUUUGAAAGAAAAAGCGUGGUGUAAAAUUUGUUGAAGUUUUUGUGUGACGUUGGUGA